UUUCGUAGCAGUUUUCGAUGGCCAUGUUUUUGUACACUUCACACCGUCUUGUGGAGAUAUUUUCCGGUGAAUAGCUCGCGGAUGGCCUUGUGCGGCGAGUUUACAAAGUGCAGUCGUGUGCUGAAACAUGAAUGGGGGUUUAGGGGAGUCACCAAGUGGAGGGUCGAGGGAGCUUGUGGCUGUGUCGGACCUUGAAGCCGUCGGGUUAACUCGGCCACAUUCGGUCCCACUCGUCAAAAUCGUCACCUCUACUACCCACCUCAGUGACGUCAUUAACAACCCCCUCAAUGACGUCAUCACUGCAACCCCAGACGUCACCAUCCACGCUAAUGAUGUCACCUUGUCACCUGAGGCUAAUAUUAUCACCUGUACAAGAGAAAACUGCACCACGACCUCCACACAUCAUAUAACACCUGCCACCUCAUCAUCACUUGGGGAAACCAAAGCAACGGCAACCUUUCACAUAGAACCUGAUUGGAGAGAGGCAGCACAAGAACCUGUCCUCAUAGUGAGGUGUAAGAAAACUGCAGCAGAGUUAGUGAAGAGCAAAUUUGGGUCAGGGUCCCGAGGAAGGUGUAUAAGACUGGGGAAGCAGUGGUACACACCUACAGAGUUUGAAGCCCACUGUGGAAGGUCUGCCAGCAAGGAUUGGAAGCGAAGCAUUAGAUUCCAGGGUCAGAGUUUACUAACCCUAAUAGAAGAUGGUUACCUCCAGGUCCAUGCUACUUCAUGCUCCUGUGGUGCUUGUCUGGAUGAUGAUGCUGCAGCUGGCUCAGUCCGCCUCCAUCGACCAUACAAGCGGAAAAGAAGAGAGCGAUUCUUUCUAGACACUGAGAAAACCCUUAAGCACAGUGUAUCAGAAGACCAUGGAUCUGCUACCCCCACAGGUCUGCUUUGUGGUGUACAGUGUGUCUCAUAGGCUUUGGACACAUGUACAGGUUGUCUCAUAGGUUGUGCAUGCAUGUUUAGGGUGUCUCAUAGGCUGUGCACACAUGUUUAGGGUGUCUAAUAGGUUGUGUACACAUGUACAGUAAUCCCUUAAAGCUCGUUGGGGUUAAGUAAAAUGGACCCCAUGAGGAAGCAAAAUCCACGAGUUUUUCAUGCCAGUUCCAGGAGUGUGCAAAAUACAUAUAUAAAUAGCUAUGUGCACAUGUAUAUGGAGGAUACAGGCCUGACUAAU